CUCCCAGGAAGGACAAAUUAACCGGACACGGUCGAUGGAAACAUAUGCGUGAUGUAAAGACCCAGUCCGGGUGCAUCUGUUCAUUGCACUUAUCGGGGGAAAACUAUGACUUUUUUCAAUUUUAUUUUAUUUUUUAAAGACUAAGGAUUUGGGACGCUGUUACUCUUUUACUUUUGCGUCCAUCUAAACCGGCCAAUCAUUCAUUCAUUCAUUCACUUAUAAGCUGCACCCAUAGUUUGUUUUUAGGCUAUAUAAACCCAUCCCUUAUACUGGUGUGUGUUUUUGAGCCCUGCGGUGAGGAUGGAUACCCGGCUAUCUUUCCCCAGGUACUCUCUGCUGGUGCUGCUCUGCACGGUCGCUACCCGGAGCCCCGUGGCUGCUGCGGGGAGGAGCUGCGCCGAUACCCGGCAGGUGUACGCGGAGAAGGGGUACGGCACAGACACCGCUCCGCUGACUCAAAUCUCCGGUGAGCACCUGCGGCUCUGUCCGCAGGACUACACCUGCUGCUCCAGUCAGAUGGAGGAGACACUGGCCCUCCAGAGCGAGAGGGACUUCCUCAAAGCCAUUGAAGAAAACAGCCAGUUCCUUUUGACCACCUUCACCCAGAGACACCGCAGAUUUGAUGAGUUCUUCAGAGAGCUUAUAGACCUGUCAGAGAAGUCUAUGAACCAGAUGUUUACCAAGACAUACGGCCGCCUCUUCACCCAGAACGCACACGUCUUCCAGGAGCUGUUUGUGGAGCUGCGCAGAUAUUAUUCUGGGGGCAGUGUAAGUCUGACAGAGGUUCUGUCAGACUUCUGGUCCAGACUUGUGGAGCGGGUCUUUUCUCUGGUCAACCCCCAGUAUCAGUUCAGUGAGGACUACCUGGAGUGUGUCAGCAAACAUGCCGAACAGCUGCAGCCUUUUGGAGAUGUGCCUCGGAAACUGCGCGUACAAGUGUCCAGGGCUUUCAUCGCAGCCAGAGCACUAUCUCAGGGCUUGGCUACUGGUCGGGAUAUUGUUAACAAAGCAACAAAGUUGACUGCAGAUUCAGAGUGUGUGCGUGGCCUGAUGCGUCAGUGGUACUGCCCACUGUGUCGGGGCAUGCCCUCUCUGCGGCCCUGCCACUCCCUGUGCCUUAACGUGAUGAAGGGCUGCUUAGCCAAUCAGGCUGACCUGGACACUGAAUGGAACAAUUUCAUUGAUGCUCUGUACCAGGUUUCAGAGAAGUUGGAGGGGCCAUUCAACAUGGAGCUUGCGGCUGACUCCAUCUCUGUGAAAGUGUCAGAGGCCAUCAUGCACAUGCAGGAAAACAGUGUCACCAUAUCCACUAAGGUGUUCCAAGGCUGUGGAAGCCCCAGGCCAGCUCCAGGACGGUCUAAACGCUCACCAAAAGAGUCUGGGGGAAACAGGAGGCCUUUCCGCACCUACAGUCCUGAAGAGAAACCCACCACUGCUGCAGGCACCAACCUGGAUCGACUGGUUACCGAGCUGAAGGAACGACUGCGGCCUAUGCGGGGCUUCUGGGUGUCCCUCCCACACACCAUCUGCAAUGAUGAGAAGAUGGCUGCCGACGUCACUAAUGAGGAUCGCUGCUGGAAUGGGCAGGCCCGGGGGAGGUACCUACCGGACGUGACAGGUGAUGGACUGGUCAGCCAGAUCAACAACCCCGAGGUGGAGGUUGACAUUGCCAGGCCAGAUGUGAGGACCAGGCAGCUGAUCAUGGAGCUGAGGGUGGUGACCAACAAACUGAGACACGCUCAGAGUGGACAAGACAUGGACUUCAUGGACAGUGAAGAGGGCAGUGGCUCAGGGGGUGGAGAUCAGGGUGAAAGGUACAAUGAUGACUGGCCAGGCUAUGGGCCUUACUCUCCUCCCUACAACAAACCCCCUCGUAACCCGGUCUCCAACCCCGCAAAGCCUCCUCGAGUCCGAGAGAGAAACGGGUCCAAGUGGAACAGAAACAACGGCCAUGGACGGGUUCGGUCGGCAACCAGCGGGCUCACCUUCUCCGUGGUUUCUUUGUUGUCUUUGCCUUUUGUGGUCACUGUUGCCCCCAUGUGGAGAUAGCUGGUUAUAACAGUCUGGAAGUGGAGGUUUUCUGUCAUGCUGGAGUCUUAAGCACAUUAUAAAGAAAAAAAAGUCAUUCCAUUUUGUUACACCAGCAGAAAAAAAAGACAAAACAGGCUAAUUUAGCAAUAAUCAAAAACAUGUUUACAGCACAAAAUAAAUAGGUUAAAGAGAACAUUUUUCCUACUGCCCAAGCCACAAAAGAGGCAUUACCAGACACGGAUGCUUACAAACAAUACUUAAUAAGUACUGCCCUUUUUUUUAGUGCCAUUCGUGAGAUGUUUGACCUAUGGGCGUCUUGACGCUGAACAGUGUGCAGUGCUGGAGCAUGGAAGUCUUUGAGAAACAACAAAUGAAUUAGGAACAUGUUUGGGUGAUGGAGCUGAUGGUCUCAUGGUUUGCCGGUCUGUGAGAUAGAGAUUAGUCGUGCCAGUUAAUUACUGUUUAGUUUCAGUGAGCAGCUGAUAUGAUCUGCAAAGCAAUUGUUUGCUGCCUUUCUCAUGAAAUUAAGUUGAUUAAUGUAAUUGAUUUGAUUUCAGUCUGGUUGUGGUUCAUUUUGUUCAUUUUUCAUCUUGUGGAAGUAGUGAGAUUUAAUUUAAUUGCUUAAUUAAACCUCCAUAUUGUGGCUUGGAAAUUUCAAAAAGUCAGGAUGACACUUGAAACCAAACAAAGAGCUUAUUUUGAAUGUACCUAAAAGUUGAAAGUAAUUUUGGGUUACUUGUGAUGACAAGGGGUUAAUUAAUGUAAUAUAUAGAUGUUUUUAAUUUAUUUGUAAUAUUAUAUUUGUUUUUAUUGUUAUGAUUUUUAAGGCAAUGGCUGUGUGUGUUUUUUUUAUCUUCUAAAAGAAAUGUCUGUCAGACAAAAGACAUGCCAAUCAUUUUAAAAUA